UGUGUUAUUGGGCCUGACCGCCUCGAGGAAUUCAGAUACAGCAUAAAACCAGGGCACAAAGCUCCACUUCCUACUUCAGCGAACAUAUACCCCCAUCCAUCGGUGAAUCUCUAUCAGUCCCAAACGGGUGAGGUCUCGGAUUGAAACAUUCGAGCCAACUUACUUUCGUACAUUGUCGUGGAUACGAGUGAAUGCCAAGAGUAGUGAAAAUUUGCUUUCAAUUUUCAGAAGCCGGAUCAUUACCAAAAAUGACGAGGUCUUGUUGGAUGCUUUUUGCAGUGUUGUUCCUAGUUUGCUUGCAAAGGUCGUGGUCUCAAAUGCAACUAAUGGACUUAAUGCCAAAUGAAUACGGACUUAACUAUGAUUCAGAUAAUUUUUCAGGAUGGCCCCCAGGUCAAGCAAGCCAAGCAGGUCAAGCCUUUGGACAAGCUUUCAAUUACAUGAGGCUAGCAAGGGAUCUCAAAUCUCAGUUUUUCAGUUCCUUAACAGGAGACAAACAGCAACAAGCAGCAGGAGCCGAAGGUACCAAACGCAGAGACAGAAUUACUGCUCUUUUCAUCAAACUGAUGACCCGACUUUUCCGACAAAGGCCUUUCCAGCGACUUCUUUGCGGAUCCAAUGCAACAUGCUUGGCAAACUUGAAUUCACCAACAUUUUAAAACGAUGCUAAGCAUCAAAGAAAAUUUUCAUUUGUAAUGCCUGUUGCCAAAUCGAUCGUAAGACCGUAGCUGGCCUACUGUUGAUCUAACAUGUUAAGUAUAUUUAGAAUUACUAAUGUACUGUUCACCUGUAUA